GCCGCCACCGCCGCCGCUGCCACCUUCGCCGCCCCUAGUAUCCCUGCCUUCUCUCUGACCGCCGCCCAUUCAGCGCAGCAGCCGUCGGUCCUCUAGCUUUCCCGUAGGGGCCGUCGGCGUUGGUCUGCAACGCGGUCCUCCCGUCCCAGUGUAGCCGGCGCCCAUUGGCGCCGCGCUCAAACUUCCCGAGCCGGCGGGCGCGGGCGGUGGCAGCGGGGCCCGAAUGGGCGCCCGGGUCGAAGGCGGCGGCGCCCAUGGACGCUAACCGCCCGGGCGCGUUUGUGCUGAGCAGCGCGCCUUUAGCCGCGCUGCACAACAUGGCUGAGAUGAAGACGUCGCUGUUCCCCUACGCGCUGCAGGGCCCGGCGGGCUUCAAGACACCCGCCCUAGGCAGCCUUGGUGCGCAGUUGCCUCUAGGCACUCCGCAUGGCAUCAGCGACAUCCUGGGAAGGCCGGUGGGCGCAGCGGGUGGCGGCCUCCUAGGAAGUCUGCCCCGUCUCAACGGGCUCGCCUCGUCCGCAGGUGUCUACUUCGGGCCCGCAGCCGCCGUGGCUCGGGGCUACCCUAAGCCGCUGGCGGAACUGCCUGGGCGCCCGCCCAUCUUCUGGCCUGGGGUGGUGCAGGGCUCUCCCUGGAGGGACCCGCGACUGGCCGGCUCGGCCCAAGCCGGCGGGGUCCUGGAUAAGGAUGGUAAGAAGAAACACUCGCGGCCGACUUUCUCCGGCCAGCAGAUCUUCGCGCUGGAGAAGACUUUCGAGCAGACCAAGUAUUUGGCAGGCCCAGAGCGCGCGCGGCUUGCCUACUCUCUGGGUAUGACCGAGAGCCAGGUGAAGGUGUGGUUCCAGAAUCGGCGGACCAAGUGGCGCAAGCGACACGCGGCAGAGAUGGCAUCGGCUAAAAAGAAGCAGGACUCGGAUGCCGAGAAGCUGAAGGUGGGUGGCUCGGACGCAGAGGACGAUGACGAGUACAACCGGCCCCUGGACCCCAACUCCGAUGACGAGAAGAUCACACGACUUCUCAAAAAGCACAAACCCUCGAACUUGGCGCUUGUUAGCCCGUGUGGCGGCAGCGCGGGGGACGCCUUGUGAGGAUGCGGCCAGGCCGGAGAACCCGAGAACCGGGGCUCGCGGCACGCCCCGACGCCAGCCGCCCAGCCGCAGUGUGUAUAUAUAUUUUUACAGAAUAAGUUAUAAAGCGGACUUUGGCGCGGCCUCGGCGUGAGGCGUGGAGUGCGGGGUUUGGGCCGAUCACUUUGUAUAAUCAAUAAAUUAUUUAACACGUCCCCGUCGGAGCUGUGGCUCCCAAGGCUGCACAUCGUGUUUCUUCCAUAUGGAGCUGGCGCCAGCGGGCGGGCAGGACCCUGCAGACCCCACCUAGCCUGUUCUCUCUGUGGGCGCCAGAGACUGGCGCAGGGGGGCGCGACAGUGCUUGAUGACGACCUGGGGCCCGUGUGCGCGUUUGGUUCAGAGGUUGAGCGUGUGGCGAUGGCCCCAGAGUGCACAAUGAUGGCAGCUUGCAGGAGCACAGAGGUUGUGAGACUGAGCAUGCCCUGGCCGUGGGAAUGCAGCUUCAGCCCCCGGGGAAGGGAAGGAUACCGCACCGCAGUGCUUGGAAGAGCCAGGCAAGCA